UUGCUUACUUUGUGAUACUGCAAUAUCAACAUUAAAGAAAUUCAAUUAAAAAAAGAAAUUCAAUGCUCAUCAGCAUUGUAACACUUUUAAGGACCACAAAUAUCUUAAAUUAGGAGAGGCUUGAAAGAUUGUAUUGCAGAAACUAAAAGAUGAAAAGCAAAAGCGAAGACAAUUCUUUCAAGCAGCAAUAAGACCUGGAAAUAAUGCUACUGAAGCAACUUAUAAAGUAGUUUAUAUACUCAGAAAAAAGGGAAGCCAUUCAGUGAUGUAGAAAUUGUGAAAGAAUGCAUCAUUGAGGUAGGAUGCUGAGAUCCCGAUAAUAUUUAAAGUGCAAACAACUGCCUCUUUCAAGGAGAACCAUAACUGAUCAGCAGCAUGAAUUAGCCAUCAGUCUAACAGAACAACUUCAUGCAAUGCUUCAAAAAGAAAAAAUAUAUUAUUCAGUCACUUUGGAUGGAUCAACUGAUACUACUGACUCGGCACAGGUUUUAUACUUCAUUUGGGUCAUAACAGAAAAUUUUCUUUGCUACGAGGAGUUAUUCACUUUGGGCACUCUUGCGAACAGAACAUGGGGAAUAGAUUAUCUUUAAUAACUUUCAAGAUAAAUGUCGUGAAGUUGGAUUGAAUUUGGUAAAUUUAGUGAGGGUAUGUACGAAUGGUGUACCUCCCAUGACAGGAAAACAUGAAGGGUUUAUUGCACAGAUUUUAAAAAAGUGUUAACAGAUCCAGAUGCUCUCAUUUCUUUUUGUUGUAUCUUACAUCAGCAAAAUCUCUGUGCUAAAGCUAUUUUAAGUGAUACUUUGCAACCAGUCAUAAAGUAUUGUUACCUAUAUUUAUGCAAAUACAACACAGCAUUGCAGUUUCAUAACAUGCUAAAGUUGAACGAUGAGAUAUUCAGUAUGGAUUUGUUCUAUCAUUCUAAAGUGUGUUGGCUAUUGCAGGGACAGGUGUUCGCUAAAAUUUUAUCUCUGUGAGAACAGAUAGUUAAAUUCUAUGUAGAACGGAAUCAGAAAUGUGAAUUAUUGAAAGAAGAUUUCUAUAGGGAUGCUGCAUUUCUGUGUGAUAUGUCAAAUCAAAAUUACUUGAAUAUUUCUUUGCAAGGUAAAACUAAGUCUAUAUAUGAUAUGUGGCAAAAAAAUCCAAGCAUUUUGAAAAAAGCUAUCUUUUUUCAAAACACUUCUUCAAAAGGAUUUUUUGGAUGAACGUUUUUCCCAGUUAGCAAAGAUCAUCGAUGAGCAGAAAGAUAUAUACGAAUCAUUUGAAGAAUACACAACCAUUAUAGACCUAUUAAUUGGCAAAAACAAAGAAAAGUUCACUGACUUUGAGAAUCAUGACAUCACACUCAAAUUAGCAUUUCAGCUUCACCUAGUUGAUAUCACUAAGGCACCUAAAGAACUACAGGGGGAAUUGAUUGAACUCUCAGUAGAAGACAUUUUAAAGACAUUGUUUGAUGCUAAGAAAGAUUCAAUUGAAAUAUGGAAAAAUGCAGUGGAAUACUCACACCUUCUGCAAUGUACCUGGAAAAUGCUUUCUUGCUUUUCAACCACUUGUUUCUGUGAAUCUACAUUCUCCUACCAAACACAAAUCAAGACACCCUUAAAGUCACAAAUGACUGCUAGCCAUUUAGAGGAUCAACUGAAACUGUGGACCUCCAUGCUGCAACCAAAUAUUCAAAUGCUUUCCAACAAAAAAGCAGACACAACAAAGCCAUUAACAGGAAGAGGAAGCCUGUAAACCAACAUUCAGCUAUAUGAAGACCGUGAAGAAGCACUUGGGUGAUAAUUUUGAAUGGUGUUCCAGCUGGACUUGUUUCAUAGAGCACUUGCAAUGAACCUCUCUCAUUUCUUGUUAUUGGCCUGGAUCCCCUAGUACUGGAAUACGUUGACUUCAAAACAAUAAGAAAUAAUACAGGUCGUCAUUGUCAUCAAAAACAUAUGAACAGUUGUGAUGGUGAAAUGAGAUGAGGCUCCGAAAUGGAACUGUGACAACUGUAUUGGUUUUUAUCACUUCGUUCCUCAGUUUGUCUUGGUAUAUUUCAUGGCAAAAUGGAAAAGAAAAAUUGAUUGCAUAUCAGCCAGAAUUUCAUGCCUUGAAACAACGUCUCCGUAUAGCUGAACAUAGAAUCUUGCAACGUUCUUCCGAAUUAAAUGCAAUCUUAGAACAAUUCAGACGUGUAAUAGCAGAAACAAAUGGAACCAAGACUGCAUCAAGUAAUUUUUCAGAUAAUACCCUAAAACUAUUAAAAGACUUAAUGAACAGAAAAUCUCUUCAAGUGCCAAAUAUUUAUUACCAUUUGCCUCAUUUAUUGGACAAUGAAGGAAGCCUUCAACCUGCUGUGCAGAUUGGUUUUGGAAGAGCAAGAGUUUCAAUAGUAAUGGGAAUUCCCACAGUGAAGAGAAAAGUAAAGUCUUACCUUGUAGAAACUCUUCAUUCUCUUAUUGAUAAGUUAUCUCCUGAAGAGAUGUUGGACUGUAUUAUAGUAGUUUACAUAGGAGAGACGGAUCUAGAUUAUGUACACAGUGUUGUAGCCAUUCUGGAGAAAGAAUUUUCUACGGAAAUCAAUUCUGGUUUGAUGGAAAUAAUAUCCCCUCCUGCAACUUAUUAUCCUGACUUCACAAACUUAAAGAAGACAUUUGGAGACUCAAAAGAAAGAGUAAAGUGGAGGACAAAGCAAAACUUGGAUUAUUGUUUUCUUAUGAUGUAUGCUCAGGAAAAAGGCAUUUAUUACAUUCAGCUUGAAGAUGAUAUUGUUGUUAAGCAGAAUUACUUCAGUACAAUAAAGAAUUUUGCACUUCAGGUCUCUUCUGAAGACUGGAUGAUUUUGGAGUUUUCCCAGCUUGGAUUCAUUGGUAAAAUGUUUCAAGCGUCAGACAUCACUUUGAUUGUAGAGUUCAUAUUUAUGUUUUACAAGGAGAAACCUAUUGAUUGGCUUUUAGACCAUAUACUUUGGGUGAAAGUCUGCAAUCCUGAAAAAGAUGCAAAACAUUGUGAUAGGCAAAAAUCAAAUCUACGAAUUCGAUUCAGGCCUUCCCUUUUCCAGCAUGUUGGUUUGCAUUCAUCACUAGAAGGAAAAAUUCAGAAACUCACAGAUAAAGAUUUUCUGAAGCCAUUACUUCACACAAUGCAUGUAAACCCACCUGCAGAAGUGUCUACUUCUCUGAAGGUCUACCAAGGACACACAUUGGAAAAAACUUACAUGGGAGAGGAUUUCUUCUGGGCUGUUACCCCAAUUGCUGGGGACUACAUAUUAUUUAAAUUUGAUAAGCCAGUUGAUGUGGAAAGCUACUUGUUCCAGAGUGGCAAUCCAGAGCAUCCAGGAGAUAUACUGAUAAAUACAACUGUGGAAGUUUUGCCUUUUAAGGGUGAAGAGUUGGAAAUAAGCAAAGAAACCAAAGAUAAUCAAUUAGAAGAUGGUUAUGUCAGAAUAGGAAAAUUUGAAGGUGGUGUGGCAGAAGGGAUGGUGGAUCCCCAUCUAAACCCCAUUUCAGCCUUCCGUCUUUCAGUCAUACAGAAUUCUGCAGUUUGGGCUGUUCUUAAUGAGAUUCAUAUUAAAAAGGUUCCAAACUGACCAAGUUCUCUUAGGAAGUCAAGAUCAUUUCAGACAAACAGUCUCAAAGGGACUUUUCAGCUCUGAAAUUGAUUCCCUGUAAGAUUGUUCUUUAAGGAAAAAAAAAUGUUAGAACAAAUUCAAGACAAUGAAGCAUGUUUCUGUUCUCUUUUGUAUUUCACUUGAACACUACCUCUUGUGAAAUCUACUAUAGAUAAAAUUGUAUUAAGCCCUUUUGUCAGAUCAAUUCAGAAAAUUAAUUCUCCCAUCCAUAAUAUUCACAUGAAGCCCAAGUCCUUUAUUUGAACAUCAUUUGUACAUUUUACAGUCACAUUGUGUUAGUAUUGUCUUGUGUUAUUUUGGUAUUUUCCUAAUACAUAAGAGGUGUACAUAUUGUUACAUUCCUUCAAUAUAAGAAGAAUGUUAAAUACUUUUAUGAAGGGGGUACUUUUGGAUUUCAUUUAUUUUACUAUUGCAAACCCCCUUUUAUAGAUUAUCAGGGAUAUAUAUGUAUAAAUAUAAAUAUACAGAAAACCAUUAAGUUAAUUUAUUGAAAUUAUUUGAGGAGUAAAUAUUUUGGUGCAUAAACUUUGAAUUACUUUUUAAAAACAGAGUACACCUUGCUUUUUUAAGUUUUAUGUAUUUUUCUUUGAAAAUGAAAACAUUUCAAAUGGUAACGUCUUUUCAAAUGUACUGCCAGUAUAAAUAAUUCCAGAUGGAUUUCCUAAAUGAAGUACUUUUGUAUCCUAAAGGAUCUGAAAUAGUGUAUUUUCAAAGGUAUCAUCAUUCCUUAAAUCCCCUUGCUUUGAAGAUCAGUUUCUUUGUGGGCUGUAACACUGUACUGUGUACGGGGUAUGGCCAUAUACAAAACAGUUUGACAAAUUUUAGCAUACAAAUGUGAUUCAUUAGAAAUAACAGGCUUGAUGUUUCCCUGUUAUGCAUUGAAACAAAUUGUAUUUUCUUUUUGAUCUUUGUAAUCAACUCAAUAUUCCUUUCGUUAAAUUAUUACCUGGAUAUAUACAUUCAUGUUUUGUAAGUUGGGACAAAUUUUUUGGUAAUGCUUGUAUCAGCUUUUUUUCUAGGAAAUGUAUUUACAAAUUUAAAGACAAAUGAUGUGACAGAUUUUUAGUGAAAGGUACUGUUGCAGCCAUAUUGCAUUUCUCCACUGAUGUAAUUUGCAUUUUAAAGUUAUAAACCUAGUGUCCAAGAAAUACAGUUGCAUAAUUGAUUUACAUGUAAUUCCAAGUACUAGUGUAGGUUUUUGUUUUUUAAUCAACUUCAGAAAUUAUCUUUGUAAAGCUUUUCCUUUUAUUAAAGAAGCUAAAAGUCUAA